CACGCUGCGCGAAUACUCUUUGAUGAGCUGCAAGAGGGCGAUGAUGUUUCAAACGCUGGGCUACGCUCGACCGGCCUGUCCGAAAUGGGAGGUGGCUUGCAUAUCGGCGGAGAAUGAGAGUGGUGCAAAGGGGAGUGGUCGGUGGGUACGCAUCAGUUCCUGAGUGCUAGCGACACCAUCUUUCCAGAAAGGUGCUCAGGGACGAAGGUCAUCAUCGAUAGCUUUCAGCAACUCCCUGGUGUGGUGACCAAUGAUUCCGCCUUGGAGGCAGAGCUGAAGACGAUCUCAUGGAUGUGAUGGGCACUUGCUCCUGGCGGCGGACCCGACAUCCCCCGCCAUCUAUUGUCGACUGGGUCUCGCGAGAGCACAACCCAGUAAGGGGGUGCUGAGGAUAUACGUAUGCUGCACCCAAUGACACACCCCAACAAGUGGAAACCUUCCAGGAUCGAAUGUGGCUCUCUCACAUGCUGGAGUAUAUAGCUCAGCGCACAAAUGGCGCGCGUUCCCCGCCUCUCAGUUUUCAUCAUCAGGACAGUAGGAGCGGGUUCAGUGACACCCUUUGACUUUUCCAGGGUGCACUGUCAAGAUGCUUGGUCUGUUGCGGCAACCGUUCGGACAGGAUUCUUCGGCUAUCAAGGCCGAGAAACAAUCUAAUAUGACUUCCUCUUCCUUUCGACACGUCAGUAGCUCGUCGACAAAAGCCUUCGAGUAUACAUCAACCUCUUCUAUUUCCAACGGCGUCAACGGCACCAACGGCGUCAAUGGAGGCACAUAUUCGGCACUGGCUCCUCCAGAUAUCCCGGACAUCACAGUCCGGUCAGCUAAGCCAAUGCCCUCCGUUUUCAUGCAGCGACCACGAGCCAGCACGGAUCGCACGUCGUCCUUCGGCGGCCUGGAGCAAGUCAAGGAGCAGCUAGCCACUUCCCGCAACCACGCCUACCGUGUCCUUGGCUCUAACUUCAGCGACUACGCAUUUGACACUUCCAUUACUGGACUUCUUGAAUGGAUACGGGACGAAAGAUUGAUCAGACUCCCCCACAAAGGCGGUUCUUGGGAUCGUGUGCUAAUCGCUGCACAACACUUCGCGGAACAAGUCCACAGAUUUAAUAUCGCAAUUUCGACCUUUGAGUCCGACAUCAACGCAGCUACGAAUCUGGUUUUUGGCCAGUGUCUUCUUCUGUUGGAGCUUGGAAGCGACAAUGCUCCAGCACUGGAGACGGUCUUCAACCUCUUCUACCAGUUCGGCCUCGAAUUGUCGCCGCUUUUGAAACGCGUCGACAUCAUUACCUCGUCCAGACUCAUUUCCGAUAAUCUCUCCAAAGCCUUCUCCGAGCUCUUGUCUAUCGUGACCGGGGUGGCCAUCACGUUCUGGCAGAUCGUCCAUGGAAACAACUCGUCGACCAAUCUCGACAUCUUUUCAACCUUUAGCACGUCUAUUGAGAGUUUCCGCUCUCGAGUUUCCCAAUGCUCUCAGGACAUGUGGAACUACAGCCUGACCGCGAGUGGCUUGAAAGAAACCCAUAUCCUGGAAGCCCUGCAGGCGUGGCUGGCUCCGCAAGAUACCGUUCUGGCGUUCUUGGCCAGUAACAACAUUAACAUCGCCAGCAGACCAGAGCAAUUCACCUGCACAUGGUUCCAAUCCCACUUGACAAACUUCAUGCGCAGCGGGGAAAGCUCGCUUGUUGUCGAGGGUAAGACGGGCACAGGCAAGACGACCCUGGCGAACUGGACGGUCGAUCGACUUCAACGACCUAUUGGCCGUAAGCUUGUUUUCCCUCUAAGCUUCUUCUUCAACAGCAACAUUCCUGCUCAGGCGAAUUCCUUCGCGCUGUUGAAAACUCUCUUGUGGCAGAUUUUGUCUCAGAGGAUUGGAGAUAUCCACCUGUACAAAGCCUUGACCGAAGCGUACCACGAGUUCAAGGACUCCAACGCGUUGCACAAGAAUGAGGAGAUCCUAUGGGCCGUCCUCGAAAAAGUGCUGUCGGCCAUUGAUGAGGAUGAGACAAACACCCUUGUCCUCGUUGUUGACGGUCUUGAUGAAAUUACUGGGCAGAGACACCAUGCCCAUGCGAUAGCCAACAGGCUCCAUGACUUGGCUGUCAAGAUACCUGGUCUGCGAUUGAUCCGCUUCUCACAGCCGCUUGAAACCACCCACUCGAAAUCGGAAUAUGUCAAACUCACGACAGAAACUAUGAUUGAUGACAUUCGUACGAUUGUACGCCGAGAACUUGGUGAUUUCAAAUCGUUUGCCGCCAUUGAAGAUGGCGCUCAGGAAUCUGCCAUUGACAAGCUGGCGGCCGCCGCUGAUGGCUCAAUUCUGUGGGCAUGGCUCGCUACACAAUACAUCAGACACCAGAAAGUCCACUCUACGUUUGACGAAGCUCUGCAAGCCCUCGUCAACAGUCCGAAGACUGUGCCGGAUCUAGUGGAAAGACUAAUGUCAAUUCUUCGGAUCGACCCACGAGCGAAAAGCUUGCUUUCCGUUACUUUAGCUGCAGAGAGGCCGCUCCUGCUCUCAGAACUCGAACUCUUACUCCAGGCCCAGCCAAGCCGUCUCGAGAUGGACGAGAAGAGCGUCGACCUACGCGACCUGACGGCAUCUGUGGCCCCCUUCACUAUCAGAGGCGAAGGCAUGUUAACCAUCAGGCACGCGGCAAUCAAAACAGCCUUGAUUGCAGUCGCUGAAAAGUCGAAGGACUAUUCGCUGCUCAAGGAUCGACACAGAGAUAUGCUGACUCGCAUUCUGAUCCAUGCAAAGACCUCUCUUAGAGAGGAUCAGGAGCCGACGCUGGACUAUUUGGACUUCAGCAGGAUUCACCGUCCUUCUCACUCACGCCAAUUGCUGGAGUAUACCGUGCGAUACUGGAUUGUCCAUUUCAAGCAAUCUUCGCUGCUGAAGCGUGGCGGAGAUUUGGAGGUUCCUAAAGAUUUUGCCAACAUCUUCCCUUCGACUGUGACUUUGGCACUCCUUGAGGAGGCUUGCUGGCGCGCACAGACAUCACCAAGUGAGGCGACCGAGCUCCACGCGCUUGCCUAUCGUGUUCGCGUGAACCUGUUUGGGCAAGACCACGCCUGCGUGCUACAGGCGGCCAUUGUUGUUGCAAAAAUCUAUGAGACAACCCUAUUUCGACUCCACGAUGCGGCGUCCUGGUACAUGACAUCGAUCAAAGUUGCCGCAAAGAUACUGGGCUCACAUCACGACCUCGUUGUCCAACUCUGUCUCUGCUUGUUGCGAGUGACAGAAAGCUUGGUGACAAAAAGCCGGAGUCAGAUCACAACUUAUCGUGAAGAAACUCUGCGAAUCCUCGUCUCCGCCUACACCUACCGCUAUGGUGCGAGCUCAAGGGAGGUGUCUGCAUGUUACAGACAGCUGAGCGAGCUUUAUAUCUUUAUCGGCGAGACUGAGAAGACCGAAGAAUUCAAGCAGAAAACGGGCUCGACUGCCAUCGAUGAUCAGACCGUCCAAGAGAAUGGCGAGAAGGUAUCUCGCAGUCUGGAUGUCACCCUGCGCAAGCGUAAGGAGAAGGAGCUCAUUGACACCUUUGAGGGAUCCUUGUUUGCUGGCUACCAAGAAGAAACCGCAGAGUCCCUCACCCUCGCGUUGGUCGAAGGCAUAUUUGCCCGUGCCACCGAGUUGAUCAAACGCGAGGACUAUGAAAAGGCUGAAGAACUAUACAUUGAACUCUGGUGGAAACUGACAGAGCACUGCGCCAGUGUCAGGACCUUGGAGUGGCACCAGAAGAAGCUAGAGUUGAUGCUGGCCUAUGCUCGCUUCUUGCACUCCCGCAACCGCGUCGACGAAGCAUCCUCUGUCCUUCUCUUCGCCUGGAAAGAGUUUGAGCACAGCGAAUUCUCAAUGUACGAGUCUAUCGUCCGACUCCUGAAAGAGAUCGCUGUGAUUAUGAAGGUAGUCAAGCUCAACACCGUGGCCUUGUCCGUUUAUCAGAAAUGCUUCUCCUACUACAAGAACGUCAGCGAAACCACCUUCAUUUCAGAAAUCGAAGAGCAAAUCACUGCCACGUCCAUGGAGAUUAUCAAAUCUUCAACCACGACAGUCAGUGAAUCCACUGAAGUUACUAUACGUGAGGUUUUCGAACAUACCAUCACAACCACUUCAGAGGUCACCCACUCCACCUUCGAAUUGUCCAAAUCACUGACGGCGAUUUACAUCGAACAAAGCCGGUAUGCGCAAGCCAUAACAGUCCUUGAAAGCACAAUGAAAAAAGGCUGGGCGGGACUAUUCAAUGACGCUCUGGAGAGCAUAACUCUCCCCGCCAAAUUCUCCACUGAGAGUGUCAUGCUUGCUGUGCGCUUGGCGGAAUGCUACGAACAACACCAGGUCCUGGAUCAGAGCGAGCAGAUUUACCUGAGGCUCUACCGCGCUCAUCACAAGACACACAGCAUUGACAAUCUCGCCGUGGCCAAGUACUCUGAUAUGUAUAUUGCGUUCCUGCAGCGCCACGGCCUGCACGACCGCAUCAUCAGCUUCUAUCAGGAAUUGUUGAUCGACUACCGCAACUUCUACGGCAAGAGCGACAAGAAGACAAUCACUCUGCUCUAUAACCUUGCAGACACUUGUCGAACCCACCAUCUCGUGCAUAGGUACUGGGUGGAGUACUACCUUGAAAUCGUCAAUGCUGUCAACAAAGGUGAAUUGAUCAGCCAAAAAGAUGCACUCCGUGCUCUCAUAAUUGUUGCGGAGCAUUACUAUGAGAGCCGGCGAUUUACAGAAGCGUUGAUCCAUUUCAAGUCCAUCGCGGCGACAUUCAUCAAGUUUGGCACUCAGUACGAACAUUUCGCCGAUGCCGCGGUAGUCCAGCGCCUGCUGGAGAAGUAUUACACCUCCAUGGAAGAGACCAAGCUGGAUGUCGACCAACACGUCAAGAUCUUGAGAGAGGUUCGUGAAGCUUGCUUCAAGUAUUACGGAGAAAAGUCUGUGAUCUCGAUUAUCACCACAAGCGCAUUGGCUGAGGCGUGUUCAAAGAGUCAAGAGUAUUGGUUUGAAUCCAUCCGUUACUUUGAAACCGUGUCGCAGCAUUCCGAAGUGGUGUCCGUCCAGACAAUCGAGCGAUCCAAGAGUAUGAUCAAGGAGCUUUACAUCAAGCAAAUUACGUCUACGAAGUCCACGACAUUGAGCAAAGAGACCGUGGAGAAGGCCGAGUUGCUCUUGUUCGAAAAGUACAUAUCAAGCCGCAGAGCGCAUGAAUACACGCAGACGAAGACGCUCAAGCAACUCCAACAACUGAUUGCCAUCUACCACAAGCAACAGAAGACUGAUCUCAUCAUCAAGGAACUCCGGUCCCUGAUCUUGGACAUCGUCCUAAACGUCCGCACAACGGAAGAACUGGUGUAUGUGGCUGAUUUCCUCGCCACGAUCUUCAUCAGCUACGACCUCCGCCGUCAUGCCCUGGAGAUCGUCCGAGAUCUCAAACUCCAGGCCAUUUAUCGGUCAGCGCCAAAGACCUCCGCGUUUCACGGUGCGACAAUCGGGCGAGCUUGCUUCGCUUUCAUUGCUGCUUUUGAGUAUCACGUCCGCAGUGAUCAUACCCUCAGUAUUGCUCACAAUAUCGCUGAGCUGGUGGCCGAGCACUUGUUCUACGAGCGUUUCGUCAGGUCUAUCAAGGCCAAAGCCAAGCUGCAGGCGGUCUUCGUCCAUGCGGCUCGUCUGCGUCAUAUUCUGGUCCGAAACAAACGCUUUGAAGACUUCACUAUCAUCGAAACGCAGCUGAUUGAUUUCUUCGCUGCCACGGAAGUCUCGGUCUCCAAGGCCGUCUCGCGAGCGGCCCUGAAAGCAUUCGUCAAUGUCAUUACCAAAUACGCCGCUGAGCAUCCAAAUGUCCACUUCAAGAGUUUCGUCGUCGCCGCCAGCUACGCCGCAGUUGACCAACUCCGCCUCUUGUUGAAGCAGAACAAGGAUCAAGAAGCCCUUGACCUUGCCACCUGCACAUUCAAAUUCCUCAUGGCGCACGAAGGCCUUGAUGACCCUACUGAGAUCCGCCUUGGGUUCCAGCUAUGCCUUAUGACAGCCGGAAGGGGCGAAUUCGCGCACAAGAGUAGCAGCCCCAAGGUGCAGAGUGAGAUGCUCGCGCUCUCCCAGCAGAUCCUGGCCGAGGUUUUCGACAUCUGCAAGAACAACAACAUCAACAUCGCCCGAGCGCAGCUCUCCGAACUCAACGAACUCAUCAGCUUGAUUGGCGAACACAAGGACUAUUCCCGUCUCUCUUGGCUUCUCAACACGCUUUGGACAUCCCGUGAGGGCCAGAGUUCCUGGCCACAGGAUACCAUCCUCGACCUGGGCUUCCGCCUUGUUCAAGCGGAAUUUAGUGCCGGCAACUAUAAGCCUGCCCUGCGCCUGUGCGAGGACAUUGUCUAUAACAUCAAGCGUGUGCAUGGCUCGAGGAACCCACGACUAUACUCGUGCUGGAAUCUGCUGGCGGAGCUCUACACCGGCUACGCAAACCACCUACUGGCCGAAGCCGCGAAGCAGGAACCGGCCACCAAGAAGGCGUCGGAGCAGAGCGCUCUCCUGUACCUCAGGAAAGCUGCGGAUGUUCACCUCACAGCGCUCAAGCAAUUGGUUGAUGCUGAUGCGGCCGACACGGGCGACGAUGAUGACUACGAGCUCGACAUCGGCAUCAGCUUGAAGAAGUCCGCCACGACCAACGGGACGAGCUCACAGAGCAAAGUCAACGGCGACCACAAGCAUGUGCGCGCCUUCCAGAAUCGCGAGGAGGAGCUCGAGAUCGUGCGCAGACACCUCAGACUGCUCAAGCUGGCGCUCCAGCGGGCCGGCGGCUUCUUCAAGUCGGCCAAGGAGUACGAGGCGCUUACGCAGAAGGUCAGCGCCCACUACGGCGAAGACCUGAAACUCAAGGACCUCGAGUGGAACGCCGCGAAGUGGAAGGUCGAGGGACUAGCGCUAGGCCAAGCGGAGGCGCAGAAGCAGGAUGGCGUGUUCCGUUUGCCUGCACACUGGGAGAUCCACGUGGCUUGAAGAGUGGAUUGAUAAGGUCGGUGAGGGAGAAGAGCUCGAUGGAGGGGUGGUCUACAGAUUGAAAGAGAGUCACGGCCGAGAACGGUCGACCACAACAAUAGCUACAAGGCCGACGACGACGACGACGCCAAAGCAACAAAAAGCAAUCCUUGUUCUAUCUAGUUGAGUUGGUUUCCAAAACAGGUGAACUAAUAAUGUGAUCUUAUGUUUGCUCCCUC